CAGGCUGAACCCUGCACGCGCUGCAGCGUUUAAAGACCGUAGAGGAUCCAGAGACACGGAGGGGACCGGAGCAGAGCUACCGGUGUCAUCAGAAGACACCGUUUGUGGAUUUAUGAAGUGUGAUUAAUAUCUGGUGCAGAGCCAGCUCACUGAGUGUGAGCGUUGGAGCGGCAGCGCAUACCGGAGCUUUCUUCAAGAGGGGACCGGGAGUUUCACAGAGGGAUGUGUCGGUACCGGGACAGCGUGUAGAGGACUUACGCGUCUUGGAAAAGUAACGUUACAGGCGUUCUCACAGUCAAGCUGACAGCUGAACUGUGACCUGUGACACUUUUCACAGUUUGCUGGAGUUUAAAAAAUGUUUGUGUCAAUUUGGAAUAUGAUGACAAAGUGACAGCCCUGGACAAAUAAGCCUCAUUUUGUCCACUUUUGUAAUUUAUCCAGUCAUAUUAUGGUCGCUUUAAAAAUGUAUGUUAAACAGCUUCUGUGAGACCAAUUCACUUUAAUAACAGCACCGGUCAGUGUGUUUGGAGUGUUGAUUUUGCCUCUGAACAGUUGUUAUUCCGUUCAUGUGCUGUUCCCGUUAUUGUGUCCAGCAGCUGCGGGUCCACUGCAGCCUAUCUGUGCUCAGUGUGUGUAUCAGUGUGGGUUAUUCACAGAGCUGCUAUGCAGACUGAGUGGAGCCGCGCUCAGACAGCUCCACAGUAAGCCCAGUUCUGAGGCCUCACAGAAAGAAACCUCUAGAGCUGAGUAACGCUCCCUGCAAGUCUCAAUCCAAAGGGACGACUUGUGCGGAAUAGCAGAUGUUACACAGCUUUGUGUACUAAUGUGGAUCAUUCAGGAUGCUGCUAUGCAGACAGAGUGGAGCCACAGAAAAUCUGCUGCUGAAGUUAAAGUAACACACACGGCUGUGCAGCUUCUGUCAGUGCAGCUGAGCAGCUUGUGUUACACAGUUGGCAGCUGAGAGUUUGUCAGGAAGGUUGGGGUUUUCUGCCGAGUUUGUGUGGUACUGAACACAGCUUACACUGGUUAAGUAGGCUAUGUGUACAUUAAGAAUGUGAACGUUUCACUCAGACUGGGACCAAAAGUUCAGUCUUACACAAACGUCCUCUUAGACUUUUUUCACAGUAAUGAAGCAAAGCUUCCAGGAGGUGAACGUUUGGAAAAAUGACACUCACACAGUGAGAGACCCUGUUCAAUACCAACACUCUGACAGUUUUGAAGACGUUGCAGAAUUUAUACAUAGUUCAGUGUAGGGCUGUACCUGAUUCAGAAUUAUUACAGUUGAAUCAGACUAGGUUGUUCACUACAAAUAUUCAACAAAUUAUUUUGUUUUCUAUAUAAAGGUUAAACAUACACAGUGGGAUGUUCAGUGUGAGCAGCAUUCACGUAAUAUAGUAAACAAGCUAACAGCACUGGCAGCACGUCGUAAAUGUGGAACAACAUUUUUUGCUGUCACUAGAUAUCAAACAAAAGCCAGAGACUGUAUUGUAUGAAGUUUCUGUGAGCUGUAAAGUCACCAUCUCUAAGGAGAAGGUCUCUGUGUUGUAGAGUGCUGCUGUUUGCAUGUCUGCAGCUUUGUGAAUGUCAAGAGCACUCACACUGCAGCAAAAUCUGGGGACCAAGACAUCCCCAGAAGUACACUGCUCAGGAAAAAACACAACGACUUGACUUCAAGUAAUUUCAGCUGACAAAGGGUCUCCGACUGAUGAUUCCAAUCUCUGACUUUCAAGGGGCAGCCCUAGUUCUGUGUCACUGAUAUUUUUCUUAGUUGGAAGUACAUUUGUUGUACAAUUAAUUUCAGUUCAGGAGCUUAUUUGUGACACUAAUUGUGGGAAAAUGAAGAACCCUCAUCCCCUGAGUGGUACCUGGAGCAGAUCCAUGAACAAAGAGCCAGUACUGAUGUCUGUGCCCGACACUAACAAGAAGUUCAAGAGGAAGUCCCGGGAGCCUAAAAGGGUCUUCAGCAGCCCUGAGCCUGAACACAUGAAAACGUACCCAGCAAACAUGUCAGAUGUGGACUCUGUAGAUGACACCCAGGCUGAGGGGUGUCAUGUGAGCAGGUUGGCUCCUCUAGAGAGACAGCUGAUGGUGUCACAGGAGGGGAUGUCCAGUUCUACAGGGGCUCCUUCAGGACCACCAGAAGGCAGCGUGGCUCCAGCUCAGAGUGGUGCCAUAGACAUGCGAAUUGGCAUCAAUGUGCCAGCCAUCACUUCCAAACUGUCCCAGCUACCUGCCUCGCCAUUCUCUAACUCAGAGAUAUCCCACUGGCCCACUGCCAUCUCCCAGCCUCUGUCCAACAGACUCAAACUGGGCCUCCGCUCAACCUUCCCUCUGUCAUCAUCCAGCAGCAGCAGCCACAGCCACUCUCCCAGCCACCGGGCCUUCUCCCUGGAGCCCUCUCUUCCAACCCAAACUGGAGCUCCUCCUGCCCCCAGAGUCUCCCAGACCUCCCAGUGUCACGAACAUGUGGAGCCCCAAGUCCAGUCACCUAAGGAGUUGACCAGGAAGCGGGUUGGGGUGAGUGCUGAUGGACCUGGGCGUCUUCCAGAGGUCAAAGCCAUUCAGCAGACCAGGAGGCUUCUAGCCAACGCCCGAGAGAGGACCCGUGUCCACACCAUCAGUGCUGCGUUCGAGGCCCUGAGGAAGCAGGUGCCGUGUUACUCCUAUGGGCAGAAGCUAUCCAAGCUGGCUAUAUUGCGUAUUGCCUGUAACUACAUCCUGUCCCUGGCUCAGUUAGCUGAGCUGGACUACAGUUCAGACCACAGCAGUCUGAACUUCUCUCAGUGUGUAGAGCAGUGUACCAGGACCCUGCAGGCCGAGGGCAGGAGCAAGAAGAGGAAGGAGUAAAGCUGGUAGCGAUGGACACGUUCAACACACACAGCUGUGAGGAGAGCACCGGGAGGACAGAUGACGAGAUGAGGUUUAGAGAGAGGAUGAGCGAGAGGUUAAACAUGAGCUGCUCUCACCACUCAUUAGCAGAUAAACUAACGUCAGUACAUAUCUGAGGUGCUAUUGUGAAAGCUGUGUCAAGGCCCACCAACAACAUUGAAAAACUUCAGCCCUGAGCAAUAACCUCCACUCAUAACUCCACUGCUGAGCUCCAUCUCUGUGUUGGAGCCAUCUAACAGUUUAUAUUUCAUGGCAGCCCUGACCUGUGAGCUGCAAAAAUCCCCAUGAGCAAGAAGCUGGUCUACUCAUAGAAAAGGUGAAACACCAGUUUAAUGAGGAUCAAACAUCUGAAGUCAAAUUAUACAAACGUUACUGCAGUUCAAGCAACUCAUACAAUAUGCAGUUUGUAACAGUAGAUGUUUUAUAGUUUAUAAGCCUGUUAUAAUUCAGAAUAUGCCAAUUAUGUUUAUGCAAUACAAUUAAAAAGAUUUUGAAAA